CAUGCACUGCAAAAAGGCGCGUGCACGCCCCUCCUCCCUUCUGGUGCGCGUCGUCCUCAUCUGCGCGCUCCGGCUUUCGCCUGGACUAACUUCGACGGGGCGGUGGAACAAAAAGUUUGGCCGAAUUUAGACGUACAGGAGCCGGGUUUGACGAUUUGGGCGGCUUCUGCAUUUGUUGCGUUUGGGUUUUUUUUUUUUAUUUUGUUUUACUAAAUUUCUCCUCGCAGUUCAGCUAUGGAGGCUUUCAGAGGUCUCCUUGUGCUGCUGUGCGUCCUCCUGCCCAGAGCGCAAACGCAGAUCCAAAGACCCAGGUCUGCGGAAUGUCCUGUCGACCUUUUCUUCGUGUUGGAUACAUCUGAGAGUGUGGCCCUGAGACAGAAACCUCCCAACUUUUACAUCGACCAGAUUAAAGAAUUCACCAAGCGCUUCGUAGAUGAACUCCAGGACAUGCGCCAUCGAUGUGACCGCUACCUGACGUGGAACUCGGGAGCGCUGCACUACAGUGACGACGUCAUCCUGGUGCGCGAGCUGAGCGACAUGAGCACCGAUCGCCAGGCCCUGAAGAAUGACAUCGACACCAUCAGAUACAUCGGCAAAGGAACCUACACCGACUGCGCCAUCAAGAGGGGUCUUGCUGAGCUGCUCAUCGCGGGUUCCCACUACCAUGAGAACAAGUACAUCGUGGUAGUGACUGAUGGCCAUCCCAUUACUGGCUAUAAGGAGCCUUGCGGAGGGGUGCAGGAGGCUGCUAACGAGGCCAGGCUACAUGGUGUCAAGGUGUUUGCUGUUGCUAUCUCACCUGAUCAGGAGGAUACCAGACUCUCCAUCAUCGCCACAGACCAGAACUACAGGCAGAACUUCACAGCUGCAGACGACUCCAGAUCCACCAAGAUGGGAACCAUUAGAACCAUCAUUGAUAUGAUCACCAAUGAGACCAAGGAUGUGUGCUGUUCAUUUGACUGCAAUGCUCCAGGAGGCCCUAAAGGACCAGAUGGAGACACUGGUGGCAAGGGAGAAACCGGUAGACCGGGAAUGCCAGGAGAGAAAGGAGAUAUUGGUGCCAUGGGCAGUGUUGGAGAUCCUGGUCCCGUCGGGUACAGUGGAAUGAAGGGAGACCGAGGUGGAAGGGGCGAGAAGGGAGAAAGGGGACACAAAGGCUACAAGGGAGACAAAGGUCUAAGGGGAAAUGAUGGCGUCGAUGGACGCAAGGGUGAAGCUGGCUUCCCUGGUCUUCCUGGCUGUAAAGGAUCUCCUGGGUCAGAUGGUCUUCAGGGUGAGCCUGGGCCAAAGGGAGACCCAGGUCCUUAUGGUCCAAAAGGAGAAAAAGGAGAUAGUGGAAAAGAUGGAGAACCAGGAAGACCUGGAAACUAUGGACCAUUGGGACCUCAGGGUGAUCGUGGAGCCCGUGGAGCUAACGGGGACAAAGGCGAGCGUGGUGAUGAUGGUGUACCAGGACCUGAUGGACCUCGUGGCGAGAUAGGAACAAUCGGAGAAAAGGGCGAACAAGGUUCCCGUGGAAACAGAGGAUCAAGAGGAGAGCCAGGGGAGCCAGGACCCCGUGGAGAGCAGGGACGCGAGGGCUCAGCUGGCCCCAACGGAGACCCUGGUGAGCCUGGAAGGGAUGGUUCUCCUGGCUACAGAGGAGACGAAGGCCCCCCUGGACCAGAGGGACCCAAAGGGCCAAGAGGAAUCAAAGGGUCUGCUGGAGACAGAGGCCCGAUGGGAGGCAGGGGUGUCGACGGUGCACCAGGAAACGGUACUGCAGGUUGUCCUGGCUUCCAGGGUUAUCCUGGCCCUCGUGGAGAUGCUGGUGAACCUGGUGGCAAGGGGACCCCUGGACCCAAAGGAGAUGACGGAGAACCUGGUGAACCAGGCCCCGAUAACAAUCAACCAGGACCUGCAGGACCAAAAGGGGCCAAAGGUCACAGAGGACCUGAGGGAAGAUCAGGACCUCCUGGGCCUCCUGGACCACCAGGAACUGAUGAAUGUGAAAUUCUGGACAUCAUCAUGAAGCUCUGCUCUUGUUGCGAGUGUAAAUGUGCAGCUCUGGACUUGGCAUUCAUUGUGGACAGCUCAGAAAGUAUCGGCGCUACAAACUUUGCUCUUGCAAAGGACUUUAUCAUCACUGUUGUAGACAGACUGAUCAAAGACCAACAGGUCAAGUUUGCAGGUAAUGAGUCCAGGGUGAGCGUCGUGCAGUACAGUGGAGCCAAAGCCCAAGAAGUCGUCCAGCUGGGCAGCAACGUUGCAACUCUCACUGAAUUCAAGCAGGCGGUGAAAGACCUCAACUGGUUGGCUGAGGCCACCUACACGGGUGAGGCCCUGAAUUAUGCGCUGGAAAACACCAUCAAGCUCAUGAGGCAGGACAACCGCGUGGUUCUGGUUCUCACCGACGGACGCUCAGACAUCCGCAGGGACACUGUUCCUCUCAACGUUCUCUGUGGUAAAAACAUCAGGGUGGGAGGUUUAGGCGUGAAGGACUACUCGGGCCGUCAGCCCAACCAGGAGCAGCUUGGAGAUUUGGUGUGUAAAAGUGAUCCCAAACCCGGUUUUUCGUUCGUACUGGACAACUUUGCCGAGCUUCUUGAUGACACGUUCCUGCAGAACCUCACUUCCAAAAUCUGUCAAGAUAAGAAGUGCCCAGACUACAAAUGCCCAAUCUCCUUCUCUCAAAGUCACGACAUCCUGCUGAUGAUGGACAGCUCGGCCAGUGUGGGUCAGAAGAACUUUGACUCAAGCAAGACCUUCGUGCACCGGUUGGUUGAGCGCUUCCUGAACGCUAAGAAGCAGAGGAACGUGAACGUCAGAGUGGCUGUGGGCCAAUACAGCCGCAACGCCCGCAUGGAGCAAGGCCUGACGACCAACAUGACCCUGUUGUCUUAUCACAUCAAUGAGAUGGCCUUCCAAAACGACGGCACCAACGUGUUAGAGGCCAUGGACUUCGCCAUUAAGGCCCUCCCGAGCCGCGGCGAUGCCACCGGAAACAAGAGGAAGGUGGUCCUGUUCUCAGACGGCAGGUCUCAGGGCGUCACUGAGGCCGUCCUGGAGAAGCGCGUUCGGGAGCUGGCCGACGCCGGGCUGGAGCUCUUUGUCAUCGCGGUGGGCAGCCAAGUGAAUGAGGUCAACCUCCGCACGCUGGUGAGCAGGGGACAGCGUGAUGACAUCAAUUACGCUCAGCGGCACCUCUUCCGGGUGGCAGACUACCCCUCCUUGCUUCGCGGAGUCUUCCACCAAACCGUCUCCCGAAGAGUGUCCAUGCCUUGAGUGCAGGGCCCAGAAUAACAAACAGGACCAACACUUUUCAAUUUUUAGUCCCAUUAUGAAUAGUCAGUCUCAUUUACCAUACACUGAUUUUUUUUUUUUGGUUUUGGGUUUGUUUGUUUUUUUUUGUCACAAAGCAACUGAUGAUUGUCUUCAAGAGGAGCCUCAAAUGUAGACCACCAAGGGGCUGCAUUAGAUUGGCUUGUUAGACUACAACACGAAUGAAUGAUAACACAAAGUAUAUUUGGAUUUUAGACUGAAGGAAAUUGCUGCCUCUGAGGCCUUAAUCGGGGUUCAACCCACCUCAGGUGAAAAAGGUUUGGCCUUGGUCCAUUCCAGCUCAUUUCAACAUGGACGAAAACUUGCUUCAGUGAUAUUUCAAUUGCAUUUCUGUAUCUGACUUAUAGUUAUCGUCCCACAUCAAAAUCUAAAGUUUUUACCCUUUAAAAUGUGUGUACCCCUCAAAUGUUUUUAUGCUUCAAAACUAAAAGAUUGAACAACAAGAUGAAUGAACAUGUGUGCCAACUUUUUGAUUGGUACUUAACUUGAAUCGGGCACAGAUGUCAAUUGAAAACAUGAGCAUGGCUUACUGUACCACAUUCAAAAUAAAUCUCUAUGAUUCUUUAUUUUGUGUUAAUUGAAUAUCGAAAGCGAUGUGGCCGUUAAUUCCAACUCGAAAUAUAUUCCUGAGCUGAGUAACGAACGUGUCUUGAAAUCUGUGUUGGAUUACUAAAGCGGAAAACAGGAUGUGACAUCAUGUGGCCUCUUGAAGAAAACCUAUCAGCGCUUCACCUGUGACUAAUGAGAACAGCUGGGCGCCACAUGUGCCAUCAUGCGUGCGUGUGUGUGUGCAUGGCUUGGCGUGUGUCCGAAACGUAAAUGCAAGUGUGUUGAAGCGCUUCCUUUCCACUCUUAACCUUGGGUGAUUGUUCCAUAAACAAUUCUGCCCGGCCCACCGGUUCAAAUGACAGAAUGACACACACCUGCUGUAAAAUUUCUGCACGGCUUGAGAGGAUUCUGUCAAACACACACACACACACACGUAAACAGUCCUUCGUAUUUCAUUAGUUAGGAAAACAUCUGUCGUGGUUGAAGGUUGGAAAAGCCACCAACCAAAGCCCCUGCCACCGCCACAAAGCCACCCACUUAGUAGAACCCUUGAAAAAGUGUCAGCUCCUCACUUUUGUGUAACUGCCAACAAGUGGCACACAGUUACUGUACAGUUGUCAUUACCUGUGGUGCUAUUAGUCUGUGUAUCAGCCACGUAAAGAAGAUUAUUAUUCCCUGAGGGUACACAACCUUAGGAAUGGCGAAAGUGCUUCAAUAAAGGUUGUU